AUGCAACUUCCAGUCGAUACGUUCUAUCGCCUUGCCAGAGAGGAGAAAAGGAUGAAGGUCUCUCAUGGUCAGUGUGGCUUCCACGCUUGGCGCUUUGCGACCCCUGGCAGGCGGGCCUUCCUGCCUCAGAAUCUGCCGUGGUGUUUGGUGCCAUCGCCACGUCGGUGCCCGCCGAGUUGUGGCGCCAACGCUCCGUCGUGGAGCUGGGCUGCGGGAGCGGCUACGUUCCUUGCAAUUGUUGGUUUGGUACUGUCCUGCCUGGGAGCACGCGUGACUCUUACUGACUUGCCUGAAUACGAAGACAAGAUCCUGUCGUCCAUUGCAGCAAACGUGGCAGAGAUCAAGCCGCCUGGCAACGCUUCCUUUUGCUGCUUGGACUGGGCGGCACCACGAGCCAACCCUCGGGCCGCUUACGCACUUCGCUGCGCUAGCGUGGUCCUGGCCAUCGACCCUGUUGUUUGUCAGCACUCCCAGCAGAGCUUUCUGACUCUGCUGAAGGCGAUCUUUGGCUUGGAAGGCCCUCCUCUUUGCCCUGACCUGCAAGGAUGCAUCGUGGCGCACAAGCACCAACAAAACUUCUGCGUAGGCGGCUAUAGCGCACCGAGCAAAGACGCGGCGCCGAGCAUCACGCACUCGGACAGCUGCGACCGCUGCACCUUCCGCCGAGCCUUGGAAGACGCAGUCGGACAAGUCUUUGUCACACGGCUGGUCAAGGUGCACAAUGCCGAGUGUCAGAGGGUGCCAGGCAUCAGAAGGACGGUCAAGGAGGUCACAGACCAGGCCAUCACCUUAUCGGACUCGGACGUGGCAGAGGCACUGGCUGACGUGCUUCCAGCAGCCAUGAUGAGCCCCGCGGAGAUUUUUGCCGUCAUGCACAAGUUCAAGAAGCCGAUCCUCAAGGCCAAAAUCCCGGGCAGAUCCCAGGGAAUUCCCACGAUGAGCAUGCUGCAGACCGCCAAGAAGGAAGUCGCGCGGUUUCUGGCGCGGGAGGAAGCGCAAGGCGCGAGCAGCGCGGUGGUCAAGGCUUUCUGCAUUGCCUCAGGGGAGGAGCUGCGGUUCCACUGGGACUUUGCAAGGGAACGGCUGAGCCGUGCUCGCUUCGAUCGGCACCGGAAGAUCGACAAAUGGGAUGAAUGUCUUGCCAUGACCAGCGGCCAAAGCAACGCCACCGCCGAGAUCUUCAUUUGCGGCACCAAGCGCAUGACGCAGCGCGCCCUGAACUCCGUGCUGUGCCACGAGGCGCUGCACAACUUCGCGCGCCGCACUCGCCGGGGCAACCCGUUCCUGGCGGAGGACACGGAGCACAUGGCCAUGGCGCUGCUCGGCGACCCCCAACUCGUGCACGAUGCCGACAGCUCCGGCUCAGCCAAGUGA